AUGAAGAUACGUUCGUCCGUAAAGAAGCUGAAAGAUUGCAAAGAAUCGAGCAAAGUCGAUCCAGAUUUGGUCACGAAGUCCCAGAAAGGUGAAUACGUCGAGGAUCCGAAAUACAUGAAGUUCUCCUUCUGCAUGACUAAGAGUUUGAACUUAUUAGAUGCCGAAGGGAAUUUUAAGGAGAAGACUUUUCUGAUCAAUCUGAUGGAUAAUGCUUACUUAGUCCUGAAGAGGUGCAAAUCGGAGGGCUUAAAGGAGAACGGAAAUGGGAAGAGAUCUUUCAUCUAUUUGAGAUGUUUGCAUCAUAGUGUGCAUUUUCAUUGUUAA